AUGGCCAAAUUCAACAUUAGAAAGCACAAGCGCCCCAGAAGACAUCUAAGUACAUCAUCCAAGAGAAGCUUUCAUUCCAACUCUGAAUCUGGCUACAGAAACUACUCGCUGUAUGUGAAAAGGGUCCAAAAGGAAGUUGUUCCCCACAAACGCAUAUCAUCUCACACCAUGGGCUUCCUGAACAGUCUGAUCAACAGCAUCUUUGAGCGCAUUGCCAUGGAGGCAGCCAAUGUGUUGUAUUUCCGAAAUCGGUGCACCCUCACCCCAGAAGAUAUCCAGAGGGCAGUACAUUUGGUGUUGCCUGGGAAACUAGCUCAGAAUGCAGUGGGUUUUGGAAGCGAAGCAGUCAACAGAUUCAUCCAUUCCUAA